UCAUCAGCAGCAACAGUGAGUCAGACACCUCGGUUGCUUGCUAGACAAACUAGCCGAACCAAUAUAGCUCUUUCGACGCUUUCGUGUAUAUUAGCCACUGUGUUUUAAACCCAUUUCUGUCGUCUAGUUAGUUAUCCGAUUUAAUUUCAUAUUUACGGUGUUGUUGUUAUUAUUCAGCUAGCGGGUGGUUAAGUUAGCAUUAGCCUAGAUAACAUCCCCGACCAUGCGGUCACUAAGCUACUCUCCUUCUAAUGAAGAGAAGGAUAUCACAGUAAAACAAGAAGUAGAGAGUGGGGCCUUUACUGUGAAAGAAGAGGAGGACGCGUUCAGAGUGAAAGAGGAGGAGGAUGUUACAGUGAAAGGAGAGGAUGUAGUUUAUGGCGUGAAAGAGGAGGGGGAGGAGAUGACUGUAACAUCGAAAAAGGAGGAGGAGGGAGAAGAGGAGGAACCUGGAUAUCUGGGCCCGGUUUCCCAAACGCAUCUUAAGUUAUCCAAUGGUCCUAACGAAGAAUUUAGCCUUAAGAUGGUUUUGAGAAACCGUUCCCUGAUUAACACAAGAGAGAGACGUGACAAUCGUGGAUCCUCUGGGGAGCCUCAACAAACUCAUGAUGCUGAGGAGACAGAGAAGAGUCUCUCCGGAUCAGAACACCUCAAUAAACACCCGCAGAGACCCACAGGGAAGAGAACUCACUGCUGCUCUGACUGUGGGAAGAGAUUCACAUCGUCAGGCAUUGCAAUUCAUCAGAGAACACACAAAUCUUAUAGCUGUGGUCAAUGUUGGAGGAGUUUUACAACAUUAAUCUCUCUGAAAGUACACCAGAGAACACACACAAGAGAGAAACGUUAUAGCUGUGAUCAAUGUGGGAAGAGAUUUGCUACAUCUGGCACCCUGACUCGACACCAGAGAACACACACAGGAGAGAAAUCUUAUAGCUGUGAUCAAUGUGGGAAGAGAUUUGCUACAUCUGGCACCCUGACUCGACACCAGAGAACACACACAGGAGAGAAAUCUUAUAGCUGUGAUCAAUGUGGGAAGAGUUUUAGUCGAUCUGGAGCUCUGACAGUGCACAAGAGAAUACACACAGGAGAGAAAUCUUAUAGCUGUGAUCAAUGUGGGAAGAGAUUUGCUACAUCGAGCAGCCUGACUCAACACCAGAGAACACACACAGGAGAGAAAUCUUAUAGCUGUGAUCAAUGUGGGAAGAGAUUUGCUACAUCUGGCACCCUGACUCGACACCAGAGAACACACACAGGAGAGAAAUCUUAUAGCUGUGAUCAAUGUGGGAAGAGUUUUAGUCGAUCUGGAGCUCUGACAGUGCACAAGAGAAUACACACAGGAGAGAAAUCUUAUAGCUGUGAUCAAUGUGGGAAGAGAUUUGCUACAUCGAGCAGCCUGACUCAACACCAGAGAACACACACAGGAGAGAAAUCUUAUAGCUGUGAUCAAUGUGGGAUGAGAUUUGCUACAUUGAGCAUCCUGACUCAACACCAGAGAACACACACAGGAGAGAAACCUUAUAGCUGUGAUCAAUGUGGGAAGAGAUUUGCUUCAUCUGGCAGCCUGACUCAACACCAGAGAACACACACAGGAGAGAAACCUUAUAGCUGUGAUCAAUGUGGGAAGAGAUUUGCUACAUCUGGCACCCUGACUCGACACCAGAGAACACACACAGGAGAGAAACCUUAUAGCUGUGAUCAAUGUGGGAAGAGUUUUAGUCGAUCUGGAGCUCUGACAGUGCACAAGAGAAUACACACAGGAGAGAAAUCUUAUAGCUGUGAUCAAUGUGGGAAGAGAUUUGCUUCAUUUGGCACCCUGACUCAACACCAGAGAACACACACAGGGGAGAAAUCUUAUAGCUGUGAUCAAUGUGGGAGGAGUUUUAGUCGAUCUGGCAAUCUGACAGUGCACAAGAGAACACACACAGGAGAGAAGCCAUAUAGCUGUGAUCAAUGUGGGAAGAGUUUUACUAUAUCUGGCCAUCUGACUCAACACCAGAGAACACGCAGGAUUGAAAUCUCAUAGCUGUGACCAGAGAUAAUCUGAUAAAAGAUCUCUGAUCAAAUAUUAGAAAAUACAUACAUGAAGUUGUUGUUUCAUGAUUUCAAUGAAUUAAUGUCACAAUGUAGAAUUUAACAUUGUAGUAGGAGUAUUGUAAUGAUUUCACAAUGUAGAAGCCUAAACGUGUGCCCACUUAUGAAUUGAUAUCAACAUGUUAUGGAUAUUAGCCUAAUGGGGAAAAAUCCAGGCUCUGAAAUGGAAGAGUACUAUUUAUGUGAUUUAACAAAAAUUGACAAACAAAAAAAGAGUUCGGAUCAAAUCAAAUUUAUUUAUAAAGCCCUUCUUAUAUCAGCUGAUAUCUCAAAGUGCUGUACAGAAACCCAGGCUAAAACCCCAAACAGCAAGCAAUGCAGGUGUAGAAGCACGGUGGCUAGGAAAAACUCCCUAGAAAGGCCAGAACCUAGAGAAGAACCAGGCUAUGAGGGGUGGCCAGCCCUUUUCUGGCUCUCCCGGGUGGAGAUUAUACCAGAACAUGGCCAAGAUGUUCAUAAAUGACCAGCAUGGUCAAAUAAUAAUAAUCACAGUAGUUGUCGAGGGUGCAACAGAUCAACACCUCAGGAGUAAAUGUCAGUUGGCUUUUCAUAGCCGAUCAUUAAGAGUAUCUCUUCCAUUCCUGCUGUCUCUAGCGAGUUGAAAACAGCAGGUUUGGGACAGGUAGCACAUCCGGUAAACAGGUCAAGGUUCCAUAGCCGCAGGCAGAACAGUUGAAACUGGAGCAGCUACACGGCCAGGUGGACUGGGGACAGCAAGGAGUCAUCGUGCCAGGUAGUCCUGAGGCCUGGUCCUUGGGCUCAGGUCCUCCAAGAGUGAGAAAGAAAGAAUUAGAGAGAGCAUACUUAAAUUCACACAGGACACCGGAUAAGACAGGAAAAGUACUCCAGAUAUAUCAAACUGACCCUAGCCCCCUGACACAUAAACUACUGCAGCAUAAAUAUUGGAGGCUGAGACAGGAGGGGUCAUGAGACACUGUGGCCCCAUCCGAUGAUACCCCCGGAUAGGGCCCAACAGGAAGGAUAUAACCCCACUCACUUUGCCAAAGCACAGCCCCCACACCGCUAGAGGGAUAUCUUCAACCACCAACUUACCAUCCUGAGACAAGGCCGAGUAAAGCCCACAAAGAUCUCCGCCACGGCACAACCCAACGGGGAGCGCCAACCCAGACAGGAAGAUCACGUCAGUGACUCAACCCACUCAAGUGAUGCACCCCUCCUAGGGACGGCAUGAGAGAGCACCAGUUUGCCAGUGACUCAGCCCCUGUAAUGGGGUUUGAGGCAGAGAAUCCCAGUGGAGAGAGGGGAACCGGCCAGGCAGAGACAGCAAGGAUGGUUCGUUGCUCCAGAGCCUUUCCGUUUACCUUCACACUCCUGGGCCAGACUACACUCAAUCAUAUGACCUACUGAAGAGAUGAGUCUUCAGUAAAGACUUAAAGGUUGAGACCGAGUCUGCGUCUCUCACAUGGAUAGGCAGACCAUUCCAUUCAUAUGGAGAUCUACAGGAGAAAGCCCUGCCUCCAGCUGUUUGCUUAGCAAUUCUAGGGACAAUUAGGAGUUGUUACACUUACCACGUUGGUGACCCACUUGAAUCAAAAUGCAACACUUCAAAAUGUGGCAUGCUGUUUUCUACAAAUUGUCCUCUAACAUUUACGUUACAUUUACGUCAUAUAGCAGACGCUCUUAUCCAGAGCGACUUACAAAUUGGUGAAUUCACCUUCUGACAUCAGUGGAACAGCCACUUUACAAUAGUGCAUCUAAAUCAUUUAAGGGGGGGGGUGAGAAGGAUUACUUUAUCCUAUCCUAGGUAUUCCUUGAAGAGGGAUGUACACAUAACCAGGGAUGUACACAUUACUCCCAGAUUCCGUGUGGUUUUUGAGCUGUUAGUUUUAACAGGACGUGCAACCUCAUCUCUCUCCUCUCUCACAAUUUUUUGAUAUCGAUGAGUGAUGACAAAUAAGUGUUGCAUUCCCUUGUUUAGUGACCCCUAAAUUUAAUGCAUCACUCCCAAAUGUAGCUGACUCUUCUGCAGGUUGUCCUCUAACCAGGGAGGUAAAAUAUAUCUCCCAUUUCCAGGUGUUUUUUUGUUGUAUCAGUUUUAACAGCACGUACAACCUAAUUUCCCCCCUAAUCGAUAUCAGUGAGUUAUUGCUAUUUGUCAAAACAACAGUGUUUCUGGUGCUUGUGCAGUUUAUAAGGAGCUUGUUUAAAAAAUACAAGUAAUAUGAUUAUUGUGGCAGAUGUUUGUGUAUAAAGCACAUGUUAUGUUUAGGUUUUCAAUUUAUCCCCAAACUGUUCCUGCAUAUUGGUUAUUGAUUUGGACAUGUUAAAACUGUGUUUUGACAUUGGGCUAUCCCACCAAGCAAAAUUAUAUUGAAAAGACAUUGAAGAUAUGACCAUGCAAUCAAAUAUUUCAUAUUUACAUUUCAUGUAACAUUUGGUAGUGAUAUUUGUUCAUGCAACCAACAUGACCAUUUUUUGGUACAGUUAUAUUGACAUUGUUGCCCUGUUUGUAGAAUAUCAGGGUUAAUUCUCACAUGUGCCAACCCAAAUGUACUAGAGCAUGACAUUGGGGACUGUGCCCAGAUCCAACAACAUGCCUAUCUAGUGAACCCUGAAAAGAGAGAGAAGCUCCGCAGUGAGGUGGAAAGUUAUUACGGAUAUCGCAUGAGUUUCCUCUUGAAAUCAGACAUGUCCGUGGUAAGGAAAACUUGGUUGCUGAUUAUCUCUGGGGUGGGCAGUCAAAAAGAUUUGUGUUUUGCGUUGAGCCAGUGUGUUUAUUUGGAGUUUUAUCUCUUAUUCUUUUCCGUAUUGAAACUGCACUGUUGGUUAGGGGCUCAUAAGGAAGCAUUUCACUGUUGUAUUCGGUGCAUGUGACUAAUACAAUUUGAUUUGAGUUUUGUUUGGGCUCGUUCCAAGAGGACGAGAGUUUGAGAAGCUAGUGAGUUUUAGGAAGACGAGAGUUCUAGACGCUAGUGAGUUUUAGGAUUCUAUAGAAAGAAAAAGUAGAAAAAAAUAAUAAAAUAAUAUGAUCGUUUAUUAUUAUUUAGGAAUAGGUGUUUUUAAAUGUUGACAGCCAGUAGACACCAUGUUUAUAUUGGUGAAGGUGAAGCAUUGUAGUUGAUUAUAAUGUAAUGUAUAAUGUUGUUUUCUGUUGGUGGUGAGCAAACGUGUCCAACAAAAAUAUAGGUUAUAUUUGUUGUCUUAAGGGGGAAGGUGAUACAGGCUUUGGUUUUUCCAUUUAUGUUUUGAGGUUGGACUUUAGCACGUCUUGCCUCGUUAGUCAGUAUGUGUUACACCUGUGCUGGCUUGUCCAUCUCGUUAGUGGGAAGGUGUUUCACCUGAGCUGGUCCAGGUUCUCCAGUUGUCUUGAUAGAUGUGACAAAUCAACACCUUUAGUUGCGCUACCGUUUUGGUUUGCUUCCUGUUUUUAAGUUUGUUGUGGGUUUUUAUUUUGUUUAUUUUCUUGGGCAGAUGUAGUGGGUCUCAUGGUGGGUGUCUUUUAGGUCCCAGUUGUUGUUACUAGUCAACUUUCAGUGGACACUGAGAGCAAAACUUCAACAUUAUGUUAUUGUACUUUUAUUGUAUCAAAUGGUUGUUUUAUGCAACAGAAUAGAGGGUUCUUAGAACUAUUGUGUCUGUGUUCUACUGAGGGUGGGCCUCUGGGAGAAAACACUGACAGGAGAUUUACAAUGUCUUUUGGGUGAUUAAAACCUAAAGAGACAGUACUCCAGAUUAUGAGUUAAUGUUUCUGUUCUAUAUGUUACCAGGGAGAGAUGACCCCAGGGCCAGACCCUGGUUUCUACACAGAGUACUGUUUUUACAGCAGAUACUGUCUGCUGAGAAUUAUAAGUAUCUUUCAUACAAAUCUUAACCUUGUGACCCGUUCUAUACAUCUGUUGUUGGUCAUGUAGGUUGAAAGGGGUGUAUCUUAGCUAUAAAAGACCUUUGUACUUUUGUCUCGUGGCUCUCAACGAAUCAUCUGGGGGUGAUUUGUUGACCAGCCAAUAUUAUUGUAGAGCACUCAAUUGAUUCACUUUAUGUGUGUGUUGUAUUGACCU